GACAUCUCCUCCACAGACGCGAACGUUUUCUCUCCCCGUUUCUGUGUAUCGCAGUGAUCUGGCAAUCUUAGCCAGAUUUGCGUUAUUGAGAUCGAGGGGUUAAAGAGUGAUUCCGGCAAUUAGAUUCUCCUUUGCCCAUUGCACUAUUGCCCAGUAUGGCUCGUUUAUUAACCAAUCGACAAGCUGAUGAGCUUCACAAAUCUAUCAUCGCAUACCUCUCGGCGAAUGACCUCCCAAAUACCGCUGCUGCACUCAGGGCGGAGUUGAAUCUCACGGAAGAAGAUUUCGAUGCGACUGCUGUGAAGAAAUACGAAACUUUACUAGAGAAAAAAUGGACAAGCAUUGUCCGCUUACAGAAAAAGAUAAUGGACCUUGAAGCUCGAAAUGCGGCCCUGCAAUCCGAACUGGAUAAUCUCACACCGGCCUCCCUUCUCAAACCCAGACGAGAUCCGACCUCUUGGUUACCUACGCAUCCCCCUCGAUACUCUCUCGAAUCACACCGCGAUACCAUAAACUGCAUUGCUUUCCAUCCAAAAUUUUCGUCCCUUGCUUCCGGCUCGGACGAUUUCACUAUCAAAAUAUGGGAUUGGGAACUCGGGGAAUUAGAGAUGACACUCAAGGGCCACACUAGAGCUGUACUUGAUGUUGACUACGGCUCCCCUCAAGGAAUUACUAUGCUGGCGUCCUGUAGCUCUGAUUUAUCUGUCAAACUGUGGGACCCAGCCGAAGGAUACAAGAACGUUCGGACUUUAUUAGGCCAUGAUCAUAGCGUCAGUGCAGUCCGUUUUAUACCAUGCAGAAAUUUGCUUGCCAGUGCAAGCAGGGACAAGGACGUAAGGAUAUGGGACGUAACUACGGGAUAUUGUGUAAGGUCAAUACAAGGCCACACUGGCUGGGUACGGGAUGUUUGCCCAUCCUUUGAUGGAAAUUUUCUUUUUUCAAGCGGUGAUGACAUGACUGCUCGGCUAUGGGAUAUUUCCGCUAUCCCGAAUCCGGAAAACAAGGUGACCAUGGCCGGUCAUGAGCACUUCAUUGAAUGUUGCGCACUUGCUCCUCCUACCUCAUACCAAUACCUUGCACCAGUUGCUGGUCUGAAAGGGCCUUCAUAUCCAAAGAGUGCAGCAGAAUUUAUGGCGACAGGGUCACGAGACAAGACUAUCAAAGUCUGGGACGUUCGGGGAACUUGUCUGAUGACCCUCAUUGGCCAUGACAACUGGGUACGGGGGAUUGUCUUUCAUCCAGCGGGGAAAUACCUCCUCUCAGUGUCCGAUGACAGGACUUUGCGUUGCUGGGACCUAAGCCAAGAAGGAAAAUGUGUGAAAACAAUCAAAGAUGCCCACGACCGUUUUGUAACCUGCCUAAGUUGGGCCCCAGGAGUUGCCAAGGAUGUACCAGCUAUACCUAGCAACACUGCCAAGGGGGAAUCUAGUGAGAUCAAGGAGACAUUAAAAUCUCCUGAUGUACAAAUACGUUGCGUUAUCGCCACGGGUAGCGUGGAUCGGAAGCUACAGAUAUUCGCGGCCUGAUCGCAAGUAGCGAAUUCAAAAUAUCCAAUCGCUCAUAGCUCAUCAUGCGGUUUUCUUGCUGCCGUCACCGGAUGACUCGUCUUGCCAACAUUUCCCGAUCAUCGCCACCAAAUCGUAGACUUUUAUAAGACUCUUGUGAGAUCUGAGUUCAAGUACAACUCCAUUCAAACGAUGGAUACUCUCGCUCUGCCGCUUGGUGUACCCUCGUCGACUCUAAUACUUGUAAAUCGUGAAAUGGCGGCUCUGCGCCAUGAGAUAUGAGUGAUCCCUGGUAAGCAGACGGGAGGGUAUCUUAACUAGUUUGAGUCAUGUUCCUGGGCUCGAUACUAGUGCUAUUCGAUUUUGGUGGAAGAAGGGAGUAUACAUUACAAAUCGGCAGCCUGACAUGUCAUUUCCCCUUUCCUGAUACGAUUUAGAGAAGAUUUUAAGGGACUAUAGGCUCCCAGUGACUUGAAUGAAUUAUUCGCUCGGCGAUCUCCCAUGAAAUGUCUAUUUGCUCCUUAGAUACUGCAUAGAUAACUUCCUCUCCGUUGUAUAGAUCC